AUUUCUGCCCAACCUCUACUCAGAGACCUCCCGUCACAGCUCGGCCCUCGUGUUAUAGCAACUGCGGGGGCCACAUGGGGAGCUGCUCCUGCUCAAGCUCUUGCCAAUACUAUGGCACCUGUUGCUAUGACUACCACUCUACCUGCCAGCCAACAACUAGACCUGUUAGACCAACUACAGAUGUGUCUCGGUACUCAUGUCGAAACAAGUGUGGCAGCUUCCUGGGAAGCUGCUCCUGCACAAGCUCUUGCCGAUACCAAGGAAACUGCUGUUCUGACUACAACUCUUACUGCCAGACAACUUCCCCACCCACCACAG